AAUAUAAAUUUCUCUUUGUCUGAAGCCCUUCAUGCCCACUCAUUGACAAGCAUGAUCCUGGAUGAUGAAGGUGUUUUGGGCAGCAUUGAGAAUUCUUUUCAGAAGUUGCAUGCUUUCUUAGAUCUCCUUAAAGAUGCUGGGCUUGGGCAGCUGGCCACAAUGGCUGGUAUAGAUCAGUCAGAUUUUCAUUUACUAGGUCGUCCCCAGAUGAAUUCUACUGUUAGUAGUCCACCUAAAGAAGAAAAGAAGGCACUUGAAGAAGAAAAAUCAGAAUCAAAGCAGAGUGCCCCAGUACAAACGCAAAAUCUCCAAUUUCAGAAAAUUACAGGUGAUGCUGGGAUUCCUUUGCCUCUUGACUCCUUCCAUGUCCCAGUCUCUACUCAGGAGGCGUUAGAAACUUCCAAAGACAACCUGGGGGUCCCAGUCACAGAGCAGUGGCAGGAGUCUUUUGAAGAUUUCAUUGCUAGAACAUGUUCUCCUUCAGCAGACAUCAUUUCUGGAACUGGAAGUCAAAGAAAAGAAGAGGAAUUAUCUAGAAAUAGCAGGUCUUCUUCAGAGAAAAUGACCAAAGCAGGUGAAUAUACCAAAACAUACUCUGCUAAGAAACAACCUGGGAAGGACGUGCAUUCCUGCUCUGACUCACCUGUAAAGCAGAAAAGCAAAGGAAUUGGGCAAAAUAAUUCUUUGCUUAAUGAACCAAUUAGAAGUGAGUCUUAGAAAAAACACAUUUCUGUUAAGAAAGAGAGUAGAAUAGUGACUGUUUCAUCAAAGACAACUAAAAGUAAACUCAGUCUACUAGAACAUUUUGAAAGUGAUACUCUUGGAUCUGACUGUGAAUUUCAAGAAAGCAUCCAUACUCCAUCAUGCCUAACAUAGGUCUAAAUCUUU